UUAAAAGAAACAAAAAAUGCCGCGAACGAAGCGAGUGGCUCGAAGGGGACUGGGCGGGCGAUUCGGGGAGAAGCGCGCGCGAUCCCCGCCGCGUCCUCCUCCUCCCCCACCUCCUCCCCGCUUCACCCCUCGCGCGAAGGAGGGCGAUGGCGAUGGCGAUGGCGAUGGCGAUGGCGAUGGCGAUGACAAGCCAAACAAGGGGAAAGAGGUAGUAGUAGAGGUAAAAGGCAAGAGCGAGCAAUUUGUACCGCAAAAAUUAACCCAAGUUACUCGUAGGAAAGCUUUUCAACUGCUUGGGUACAAGCAAACAUAUCUCCGGCCGAAGUGCAAGCCCUGCAGCAUCGUGGGAGCCUCAAAUAGGUCGAGCAGGCUGUUCGCGCUAUACGCAGGGUUUACAUGGGAGUCGGUGGAAAACUUAAAUGUCCAUGCUCUAGGAGCAAAGGAACCUAUUCUAGCACUGGGUGCUGAGUUCCCCGUAGACAGCUACGCAAUACAAACGAAAGUCAAGAUUAUCAAUGAAUAUUUUUCUUUCUUCAGACGGGCACAUCAAGAUGGCAACUGUUUCUAUCGAUGUUUCAUAUUUGCCUACCUGGAACAAAUGUUUGAAGCACAAGAUGAGGAUGAAGUCAAACACAUUCGUGCAUGUCUUCAACAGUAUCGGCAGGAUUAUGUUAGGCUUGGAGGAAAAAAUGAUUACUUCAGGGAUCUCGCUGAAGUGCUCAUUGAUAUGAUUACAGAUAUUCCAGACGGAAAAGCAGUCAAUGUGAUCUACACGGUUGAGGAUCUUUAUAUGAUGUUUGAAGAUGCAAACGAGAUGAACUACAGUGAGAAACACACGGAUUAGUUUUGUUCGUCGUCACUUUGUCUUUCGGUAAAUAAAGCAGUUUGUUGGUCAGUUUUGUCUCUUCUCAGAUUGGUUGCUUCUGUUGAGAUCUGCAAGAACAAAGAAAUUUACAGCCUAUUUCUGGACAAAUUGAAAUAUAGAACUCCGCAGGAGUUCUGCGAGAAUGAAGUUGUCCCGUUGGGUGUGGAAGCUGCGCAACUGCAAGUUAUAGCUCUGGCAAACGCAUUACGUGUCAAGGUAAGGAUAUUGCGCAUCAAUUCAGCCACAUCGCCUCGAGGGACCGCGAAACUGAACAUCCGCAACUUCAACCCCAGACCGAUCUACAACAGCGGACAAGGAAGCAGUUCUUCCGGAAGAAAUAGGCACGCUUAUGUAGUAACUUUAGUGUAUAGGCCUGGACGUUACGACAUUCUCUAUCCCAAGAAACGAAUUCGGUCGUAAGGAGAAAAGUUUUUGAAGAUGUUAGGAGAUUGCUCAUUCAGAUCGGGCAGGCUCUGUUUAAAGAUGCAAGUUACUUCGGAGUUUCUGCUGGUGCGUCUGCUGGUAGUGCUUCUUCAACAGCACUCGCGCAGAAGCUCCAGCCAAACAAAAUAUGUAGUUUGAGAAGAAUGUUAUUGUGCAUGGUUGCAACCUGUAGUUCUGCUCCUCUUUUUUUUCUUUUACCAUGGUUCCAAUCUGAUAUGCUGUAAAUUCGGCACAAUAGUUUGUAGUUCAAUGUAUAUAUGUAAUUCGAGUCUCGCAGCUCGCAAAUCUAGUUUUCAUUUGAAGUUUCAACUAUUUUUGUACAAAAUGAUGCAAUGCAUCUUACUCUGUACAGGAUGAUAUACCUUCUCAUCCACUG